AUGUCGGUCGUGGGUGUUGAUUUCGGUACGCUCAACACGGUCAUUGCCAUUGCACGGAACCGCGGUGUCGAUGUUAUUACCAAUGAGGUCUCCAAUCGGGCUACACCAUCACUCGUUGGCUUCGGACCUAAGAGUAGAUAUCUCGGCGAACCCGCAAAGACUCAAGAAAUCUCCAACCUAAAGAACACUGUCAGCUCCCUCAAGCGCCUAGCCGGCCGCCAACUCCAAGAUCCCGAUGUCCAACUUGAACGCGAAUUUGUCUCAUCCCAACUAGUCCAGAUUGGAAAUGAGGUCGGUGCAGAGGUCACAUAUAUGGGCGAGAAGCAGCAGUUCACGGCGACCCAACUUGUGUCGAUGUUCCUUAGCAAGGUCAAGGCUACGGCAUCCGCGGAGCUGAAGCUGCCGGUCUCCGAUAUCGUCAUCAGCGUUCCAGCAUGGUUUACCGAUGUACAGCGGAGAGCUAUAAUGGACGCAUCAGAGAUCGCUGGGCUGAAGCUGUUGCGGUUGAUCAACGAUACCACCGCUACGGCGCUGGGCUAUGGUAUUCCUAGGACCGACCUUCCGACUGCAGAAGAAAAGCCAAAACGUGUUGCUUUCGUCGAUAUUGGGCACAGCGACUACGCAUGCUCGAUAGUCGAGUUCAAAAAAGGCGAGCUGGCCGUCAAGUCUACGGCUUACGAUAGGCAUUUUGGUGGACGAGACUUCGACAAGGCUUUGGUACAGCACUUCGCUCGAGAAUGGAAGGAGAAAUACAAGAUCGAUAUCAAUACCAACCCGAAAGCUCUCGUUCGAGUCACCGCCGCCGCCGAAAAGAUGAAGAAGAUCCUCUCCGCCAACGCACAAGCUCCGAUCAGCAUUGAGUCCCUGAUGAACGACGUCGAUGUCAACGGGAUGAUGAAGCGUGAAGAGCUGGAAGAGCUCCUUCAACCAUUACUGGAGCGCGCAACAUUACCUCUGGAGCAAGCACUCGCCGAAGCUAAGAUGAAGGUGGAAGACAUUGACACGGUUGAGAUGGUUGGCGGAUGCACUCGUGUGCCAUCUCUGAAAGAACGGAUAAGCAAAUUCUUCGGCAAGGGACUUUCGUUCACCCUCAACCAAGAUGAAGCUGUUGCCCGUGGUUGCGCUUUCAGCUGUGCUAUCCUUUCCCCCGUCUUCCGCGUUCGCGACUUCUCGGUCCAUGAUAUCGUGAACUACCCUAUCGAAUUCAACUGGGAGCAAUCGCCUGACAUACCGGAUGAAGAUACAAGCUUGACCGUCUUCAACAAAGGCAACGUUAUGCCAUCGACCAAGAUCCUCACAUUCUACCGCAAGCAGCCAUUCGACCUGGAAGCCAAGUAUGCCAAGCCUGAGAUGCUCCCUGGCAAGAUGAAUCCUUGGAUCGGAAAAUUUUCGGUCAAGGGAGUGAAAGCCAGCGGUGAUGAUGACUUUAUGAUCUGCAAGCUCAAGGCACGUCUCAACCUACAUGGCGUUCUCAACGUUGAAUCGGGGUACUACGUAGAAGAUGUCGAGAUAGAAGAGCCCAUACCCGAAGAAAAGGAAGGGGAAAAGAAGGACGCGGACAAAAAGGAGGAGAAGAAAGACGGUGAUGCAAUGGACACGGACGCUCCCAACGGCACCGCGGAACCCAAGCCCAAAACACGGAAGAUCAAGAAGCAGGUCCGCAAGGGCGAACUGCCUCUAUCGUCGGGCACGUCAUCGCUCGAUCAACAAACCAAAGAUGCUGCCGCGGAGAAGGAAGGUGCUAUGUUUAUGGAAGACAAGCUUGUUGCCGAUACGGAAGACAAGAAGAACGAGCUGGAAUCUUACAUCUACGAGCUUCGAUCGAAGAUCGAUGAUCAAUACUCCGAACAUGCAAGCGAUGAGGAGAAGUCGAAAUUAAAAGAGAAGCUGGAGCAGAGCGAGGACUGGCUCUACGACGAGGGCGAAGACGCCACCCGCGGCGUCUACGUCGCCAAAAUGGACGAAAUCCGCUUCGUCGCCGGUCCCAUUUUUGGCCGCUACCAAGAUAAAAUUGAAGAGGAACGACAAGCUAUCCUGAAAAUCGAAGAAGAGAAGGCGGCGAAGAAGCGGGCGGAGAUUGAGGCGCGGAAGAAGGCGGAGGAGGAGGCGAAGAAGGCCAAGGAGGGUGGGAAGAAGGAGAAGGAGAAGGAUGGGGAGGGCGAUCAGGAGAUGAAGGAUGUGGGGGACGCGCCGGAGACGGUGAAGCCCGAGGGGGUCGAGGAGCCGGAUGCCGAGAUGAAGGGAUGA